AUGGCUUAUUUACGAGCUUUCGUCACAGGCUGCACUGGUGAAACAGGCAAAGCAUUAAUAAAAUAUCUGGCUAAGGAUCCAAGGUACAGUUCUGUCAAACUUAUACAAAGGCGUCCAACAGAAGUUGAUUAUGGGUCUGAGGCUAAAGAAGUUGAGAAUCGUUUCAGUCAGAUUAUCGUAGAUUUUGAUCAUUUGGAUAAUUAUAAAGAAGUAUUUCAAGACACUGAUGUUGGCUUCUGCGCACUUGGAACAACAGCAUGGAAGUCGGGGAAAGAAAAUUUGAAGAAAGUUGAUUGUGAUUAUGUAGUUCGUAUUGCCGAGUUGAGCUCAGCUGCCGGUUGCAAAGAGUUUCAUGUUGUCACUUCAAAAGCAGCGCAUGCAAUGAGUAUCUCUUUUUACUUAAAACUCAAGGCUGAAAUUGAAUUAAAUUUAAUUUGUGGAAAUUUGUUUCCGAAAUGUCUUGCGAUAUACCGUCCAGGUGUCUUGUUAUGUUCUCGGGUUGAAUCACGUCCACUUGAAAGAGUUUUUCAAAUAUUACUGAAACCUAUAUCAAAUAUUGCUCCUACAUUGCUCACAACACCUGUUGAUGUUCUUGCAAAAGCUAUGAGUCGUGCUCCAUUUUGUGAAAAGCUGACCACUGAAAUAUCUUCACAGCAUGAAGUGAAGUUGCCGAAAAAUAUUCACAUUCUAGAAAAUCGUCACAUCUUUGAGCUUGCAUCGGAUGAUGCAUUCACUGUCAAGUUUUUUGUUGUUGUUGUUGUUUUGAUUCUCGAAGGAUUCAAUUUAAAUCCAAUCUUUUCCCACUCUCCUUUUUCUGUUGUAUUUCACUUCUAUUCUUCUACUGUUAAUCUUCUCUUAGUGUAUUAUUGA